CAAUCUACUAUUCAGCAUUCAUUUAUUGCUUCCCUAUAGUGUCCAUUUAAUGACGCGCAGGAAGGAAGGAAAGAAGGAACACGAACAACCAGAGCCACCAACCUGUCACGACCCUGACCGGUAUACCGUGACCACGGAUGAUGAUGCGUUCGCUCACCAUUUUUCCGGCGGCCUCGUUGCUAGUGCUGUGGGCAAUGAUUGAGACAGGCCUAUGCAACAACGUGAUGCCCUGCCCUGCGCACUGUUCGGGCAGCAUCGGUAUCUUUAUGCCAGACGGAUCGCUCCAGACUUUGAAUAAAGAGAAGGGGGGUGUCCUGAUCCGCAUAAGGAGUGAUCUUCGUAAGGCUUCCUGGAAUGGAACUCUUGUGAUAGUGAAGCUCGGCGACCAAAAGGUGAAGGUGCCGGCAUCCUUGAAGUUCUCGCUCAGUCUCGUUGUGAAAAAGUACCCAGAUUUGCUGGCGGUGCUGAUCGAAAUGAUCAAGGGUGAAGCCAAGAGCCAGAAAAUCAAAAGGACCGCGCCACCGUCUAGUAAGCUUGUCGUUAAGACCACGACGACGACGAAGAGAACGAAGAGGCCCACGACGAAGCGCAGCGCAACGACUAAACGAACAGUUAGAACCGCCACUACCACAAAAAAGCUCAGAGCAACGACUAAACGAACAGUUAGAACCACCACUACCACAAAAAAGCGCAGAGCAACGACUAAACGAACAAUUAAAACCACCACUACGAAGAAGACUAAGAGGGACACUCCGAAGGUGGUCAAGAAGCCAACAAGCACGAACAAACCCGGCCGCGUGAUUCAUGUUCCGGCUAUGAACAUGCCCAACCCAGGCGACCGCAGUAAUUCAAUCACAGCUGGAAUUGGUGUCGACACCAAGGUGCUCAUCAUGCUUGGAUAUAUGAUGAGCCAGCCCAACUACUUCGCCGUCAUUUACCCCAUGCUGCUGCAACUCGGCAUAACGUUCCCCAGCCUCACUGGGCCAAUCUACCAGGUCACUUGGGGUCAGAGUGUUGUACAACUUCCCAGGCCAUUUGUGGUAAGCUACGCCUUUACAGUCGACAAUAUGUCCUUUAACCUACCGAAAGAUGCGAAGGGGCUUGCCAUUUACCUUUCCCACCACAUGGAUCAGUUCAGUGCGGUAGCGGUGUUUCUUCGCCAGCUUGGAGCGUCCUUCCCCGUUGACGGCAUGGGAAGGAUUACCGGCUUCAGUAUAUUCAACAUCAUGUACCACUUUCAGAGUGCCAUAACCACAACCAUCUCCAUUGAGAACAGGAGGUUUGGCUUACCGAAAGACAUAAACUCGAUUCUGGCAGCUGUCAAGAACAAUCCCAGUGCGUUCUUCAAAAUCCAGAUGUUGUUAGAAGCGUUCGGCGUGAAAUUCGUCAAGAAAGGAGCGGGCUUCACCCAGGCGCUUUACCGUAAUGCAACAUACAACGUGAACACAGUGCGCGGUGUGACCAUCACGAUUGAAAAGAAGAAAUAUGACAUUCCAGCUGACCUCGAGACCAUAUUCAAGAAGGCGGAGGGCUUCAGUGUGGGUGCACUGAUCGCGGCUUUGCAGGAAAAGGGCGUCCCUAUUGAAGUUGAUGAAAAAACUGGUGUCAUCGUUGGCAUCAUCAUCAACAAAGUCAAAAUUCCGUUCCCGGUUUCCAUCGACCUGCGUUUCAAGCUGGAUGACAAAGUUUACGUUAUACCCCGCGACCUUGGCAAGCUAGUCACUGUUCUCGAAAAGAAAGGCAUGCCUAGCAAGAUCCUGUUCAUUUUGUACACCCGCUACGGAGUCAUCCCGGUGCGUGAUUCCAAUGGUAUUGUCAUCGCAAUCUCGUUCAACGGGAAACAGGUCAAGGUCAAGGCGGAGCCGAUGACCACUGUUGUGAUUCGAGGUCAGAAGUUCUUGCUACCGAGGGACACUACAAAAAUGGUUGAAUUGGUGCAUUCCAAGCAAAAAGAUAAAAAAAUGGGCUUCGAUUUUCUGAAGGCGCUAAAAGUGGCUGGCUUCAUGCUCAUCAACGAUGACGACGGCGCGAUGCGCUCAAUCCAGAAGGGGGCCCAGAUAAUCAAGCUCGGCAUGGAAAUACGUAUAAUGGUGACUUACGGCACAACCGCUUACCACGUGCCCAAAGAUUUGAUGCGACUCGUGAAAGACAUACGCAGCUCAGGACCGAACGAAGUCAGAAAGGUUAUAGAACAACUCAAAGCUUUCGACGUAGAAGUCAAAAAGGAAGGCAGCAGGGUAUCCAUACUAUUUAACAGCGUCAGAUACGAGGUAGACCUGAAGUCUGGCAGCGUCAAGGGAUAGCCGUUCCAGGCCGUAUGAUUACUCGUAUCAGUGGACGGCCGCUACGGGCGCGCUCCACAAGAAAGCGCACCCUUUUCCUCUGUUCAAUAAACAAGUCGCACUUA